GCCCGCCGGCCUCCGUGCGCCCAGCCCCGGCCGCCCCGGCCCGCGUCGGCCGAACCGUUCCCUCUGGGCGCCCCGCCGGGGUCGGGCCCGGGGACAGGGGCCCGCGGCUGCCGAGGAUGGGGAAAUCCAACAGCAAGUUGAAGCCCGAAGUUGUGGAGGAGCUGACCAGGAAAACCUACUUUACCGAGAAGGAAGUCCAGCAGUGGUACAAAGGCUUCAUCAAGGACUGCCCCAGCGGGCAGCUGGAUGCGGCCGGCUUCCAGAAGAUCUACAAGCAAUUCUUCCCAUUUGGAGACCCCACCAAGUUCGCCACGUUCGUUUUCAACGUCUUUGACGAAAACAAGGACGGGAGGAUUGAGUUCUCUGAGUUCAUCCAGGCACUGUCGGUGACCUCGAGGGGAACCCUGGAUGAGAAGCUACGGUGGGCCUUCAAGCUCUAUGACUUGGAUAACGAUGGCUACAUCACCAGGAACGAGAUGCUGGAUAUUGUGGACGCUAUUUACCAGAUGGUGGGGAACACCGUGGAGCUUCCGGAGGAGGAGAACACCCCUGAGAAGAGGGUGGACCGGAUCUUUGCCAUGAUGGACAAGAAUGCUGACGGGAAGCUGACACUGCAGGAGUUCCAGGAGGGGUCCAAGGCAGACCCUUCCAUCGUGCAGGCGCUGUCCCUCUACGACGGGCUGGUAUAGUCCAGACCUAGAGAUGGGAUGCCUGGGAACUACUCGCCUCCUCCCGUGCCAUGAGGCCACCUCAGCCCCGACGCCAUCCUCCUGUGUCCACCCAGCCUUUCUCCGCAUCCACACCCAGCCGGGCGGCCCUCCACCCGUGAGGCCCAGCUCUCCUCCCCCUGACCUGCACCCACCCACCGCCUGAGGCCACUGGCUCCGGUUGCCAACAACCUCUGCUGUCUGGAAAACAACAACACGAAAAGGAAAAGGCUUCAGCCCUCUGCAAAAACCAAGGACUCAGCUGCUUCGCAGGCAGCCUCUCGGUCCCUCCUGCUCUCCUGCGUGUGUGCUUUUGUUUUUUAUUUCAAACAGACAUUGAAAAAGAGAAAAAAAAAACAACAAAAAAAAUCUACCUUCCGUUCUAGAAGAUUCGGACUGACAGAUGGGGAGAAGGCCUCGGGGACCUCAGAGAACUCUACCAGAGGUCACGGAAGUCACGGCCUGACCGCGGGUGGGCUCGGGUGUCGGGGGGCUGCCUGAUUAACGUCAUUUGUUGUCCCAUCCUCGAGCAGCAAACCACCUGCGUGGCCGGGGGAUUGAUUAUGAUGAUGAUUUUUGUGAUAACAGUAUUGUGCUUUUUGUGGGGAAAGUGAGGUUUUUUUUUUUAUAUAUACAUAUAUAACUGAUACCUUUUAUUUAUUGGUCAUUAACUGUUGCUGCUGCCUCUGUGUCCAAAGCUUCCAGGGAUGUGGGGCCCACCGUUUACAUGUGCAGCCCUCACCCACCUGCCCAUGUGCUUGGGACGAUGGCGGCCGGCAGUGGCCAAGAAGCCAAAAAACUAUUUUUUUUUUUUUCUAGUUACUGUGCUUGAUGUUUGGAAAAGGGUAAGGUGGGUUUCUUAACUGGCUAAUGCACUGUUUCCUCCAGCCCAAAUGUCUCCUUGAAUCCCUUUCCUCUGCCCCCCUGUCCUGUGUCCUCCUCUUGGUCCAUAACAUCUCUUCUGAGGACGAACGGGACAUCGUUUGGUUUCUCAGCUCCUGUUUUGGUAGUUGUGGCAGCAUGGAGAAUAGAGGGGCUUGUCCUGGGCUUAGGAACCAGGAAGGGAGUUCGGUACAUAAGGAAAGAGUGGGGAGCCGGAGGGGGGGGUCUUUGCCAGCAAGUAAGCAAAAGUCAUGGCCCCUUCUCCCUCCUUGGGGGUUUUGACAGUCGUCUCUCAGUAUUCUCCCACCUGCUUUCCUGCCUUCCUGUCUGCCUGGUCCAGGAGCCACUGGCCUCUUUUUCCCCUGCACCUUCUUAGCCUGAAUACUAGGAUGGCCCGGGAGACAGGGGUACAGGCCAUCCUGUUCAGGUAAUGGCCGUUCCUCGGGCCUGUGGCCCACAUGCGCUCACAGGAAGCUUUUUGCUCUGCCUGCUCCUGAGACAGGGUGGCCCCAGAACCACCACCCGGAAAGUCAGCCGAUCUUGGACCAGAGGCUAGGAGCCCGAGGCUGGCUCUGGCUCUGAGAAUGUGGGCCAGCCCCUGCCCUCUCCGGGCCCCAGCUACUCGUUGGCAGAGCCAGGACGCCUGGCUGUUCGAUGUGGAAGGCCCCCUCCAUGCUGACCCUGUGUAAUUCGGAGUCUGAGUUUCCUGCAUUUUGUGAUUCUGUGGUCUGUGGCUAAGUGUGCCAGACCCCAGAAGACACAGGGAGCGUCUGAAUCACUAUUUUGUCUCUUGGCACAAGUCUUCGGGGACAUGGCCACCACUGGUCGUGGUGUGUGGGCUCAGAUGACACUCCUGUCUCUUCCUGCAGUGCUUCCUGGUCCCUCCUGGACUCCUGAGCUGUCUUUUUGGCCCAGAACUAGUCCUCAUUCAGAGAAGGCUUCUGGGCUGAGGAGCCUCCCAGACUGCGUAGGGCCAGGCCUGAGUCUAGAAUCCCUGCCGCUUCUUUGCAAAAGUCAGCAGCCUGUCCUCCCUGCCAUCCCAGCCCUAGGAGCAGAAACGCUGGGCCUUAGUUCCCGCUUUGCAUUGUCCUUGGUCUCCACUUUGCACUUUUCCAGGAGGCCAGAUCUUCUGCUAAUUAACCCUCAGGCAACAGACCCUCGGCCAGAGGAUGCCCUCCACGAGAGCGGCUCUGCCAGUGGGGGGCUGCGGUCUUCCUGUUGGCUGGAACGCUCAGCCACCCCAAAACUUACCCUUCUUGCAUUAGCAGGCCUUUUGGCUGCACUGAGCCUCCACUGUAAGCCCCCAGAUCUUGUGGGGAUGGGAGGAGGAGUUCCAUUUUCACAGGUGACUUGGAAGGCUGGGCUCCUUGAGGCCCCUGUGGUCACCUUUCCGCUCAGGCCACUGGCCCAGGGGGUCCAGGACUCACCACCAAAUCCUUCACCUGGUUCUGACCUAGGACGCUAGGGAAGGAGAUGAAUUUGGCGACUUGAGGUUUGAGGGGAGGAGAGUGGGGCCCGUCCCAGGUCUGAUCGCUUCUCUGGCCUGUGCCUGAGCCUCGAUUGCGUCUGUUGUCCAGUGGGAAGGACGCUAUUGUGCAGCCUGUCCUGGAGGCAUCACGGGAAAUGGACUGUGGCUGAGCUUUACCCAGGGAUAAGCAUGUGGACCCUUCCAGAUGACACAUCCAUUCCUAGACAACUAGAGAGCAUCAAACCACCAUCCUCCCACCUUCUAGGAAGGUGGUUUGGCCUUUUGGUUUGGAGCAAUGGAUGUGGCUUUUGGUCUUAGUAAGCGGUACCGUGGACCCAUGCCUCAGGCACACCUUGGGUCCAUGCCCUGAGACAGCUCAGAGCUGCCAGAAAGGCCACCCUUCUUCCUGGCAGCAUGCUGGACACUGGCCAUUUGUACCCAAGGUUGCCAGGCAGGGACAGUUCUGUCCCUUCCUCUCACAAGGCCUCUAGCUGUGGCACCCUGGGAACCCAGAGCAGCCCGUGGGCCCCUCUCCCCAGCACCCUUUUCCACUGGAGCCCCAACUCCGAGAGAUGCUGCUCUCAGGACCCCAGCCUAGCUGGAAGCCAGGCUCUUACUCUCUCUGCCAGUCCUCGCUUCCGGGCCCAGAAGCAGGGUCCAGCCUCGGGCAGCUGGCUGCAGCAGCCCUGGCCUCUUCUCACAGCAGCUCUCCCCACUCUGUGUUGAUGGUACUUAGGAGAAUGUCACGAGUUUGCAGUAUUUAACCAGUCAACGUUUAGAGAGUGACAUCGAUGCAAACGUAUGCGUUCCUCUCUUCCCCUGAAACGCUUUUCAGUUUGACAGCCAACUUCCUAGAUGACAGGCACAUUUGGACUUUCGGGGACGUCGUCUCUUCUCGCUCUGUGUGUGGGGGAAGAGAUUGGGGUGCCUGGGUUCCCAGAGAAGAGGCAGCCUCUCCCUGAAGAAAGUCCCAUGCCCAGGGGUGGAGGGCUACCCUGUUCCCACCGCAGUUUCAGCUUUUAAGGGAUCCAAGGGAAUGUGGGAGCGCCCCCUGGUGGCACUGAGCUGCAUAGGCAUCUGGGGACCUCCACAGGCCAAAGUGGUGAUUCCAGAGGGCAGGAGGUGGUGAGCUCACCCAGGCCCUGGGCCUCCAGCCCCACCUUAGUGCCAGCGUGUUUUCCAGAUGCCCCUCUUCUAGGUGUCCCCAGGGAUAGCAAGUUAAUUAGAAUAAGGGCACUGUGAUGAGAAGCAUUGCCCCCCACUUUUUUUUAAUAUCUGCAGAAUAAACCCAAUGGUUGAUUUUUGAAUGAAUAAAAGGCUUUUGUUGAAUAAACAGCUGGUCCCAUCUCUGUCUUGGCAUCUAGGCUCAGGCUCUGUCUACGCUCUAGGACUGGGACAAGUGCAGAAUGCAACCCCCUCUCCCCCCAACUGUCCCUGCUUAUUUUCUCCACGUUUGCAGUGGCCCAUGACCCCAGGGAGGGCCACUCCCUCCUAGUCUGACUCAGUGACCAGCUUUCCUGGGACUCUGGGGAAGUCGCUUCUGCUCGAUGGGAGUCGGUUUCUCCACCCCUCAGACGGAAGUGAGAGUCUGUCAGCCCACCUCACUGGGGUGUUGUGGGGAGCGGACAUGAGCACGAUCAUCAAAGCACUUCACCGCGGUGAAAGGCUAGUGCAGGGGCCUGAAUUGUCCUGAUGCCCCCACCACGAGCCUCAACUUUGGAAAGGAAUUUGGGUAACUUACAAAAAAAAAAGCAGUGCUUCCCGUCUAUAGUUGUUUUCUUUCUGUUUGCCUCCCCAGCUCCCUCUGAGCCUCUCCUUGGGGUGCUGUCCUGUCUGAAUCUGCUGGUGUGUGUCUCCGGGGAAGGGGCAGGCCCUUGCCCUGGUGGUGCAGCAGGGGCAGGGCGAGGCCCUGGGGUGGACGGGCCACGUAGCAUGCCCAGGCCUCCUCGUGUUCCUCUGUAUGUUGUCUACGUCACACCAAUUAAACACGCUUCCUGACUUGUCCUUGCC